UGAAGUCCCUUGGGGUUCAACAGUAGUCAGACUCACCUCACAACUACAGAAGAAGAUUUUUUUACAUUCACCUUUUAUCCAGAUUCAUGAAAAAUAAGAAUGUAUUGGAAUAAUGGUGGGACUCUCUUCUUCAUCUGCUAAUGCGAUGGAUGUCCUGGUGACGGAGCUCAACGUCCUGCUGAAGCUGCUGGACAACGAGACUCUGAGCUUUCCUACUGAGGAGAAGAAGACCUCUGUUAGGAACCUGCUGAAACAGCUACAGCCCACAGCAUGUUUUGUCUCAGUGACAGGACCAGACUACUUGUCCAUGAACACGUCAGUCUACAGACACGGCACCAGCUUUGUGGAAUCACUCUUCCAGACCUUUGACUGUGACCUGGGGGAGCUGAAAGACAUGACAGAGGACAGGAAAGAGAAGCAGGACACACACACAGAGACACACACUGACACACACACUGACACAAUACCCUCAAAACAGAGCAGUCCAGACUCCUCCUCCCCCCGCUCCUCAGAGACCCCUCCGCCCCUGCCCACCACCCCCCCUCCUGAGGCUUACUAUGAAGAGGCAGUACCUCUCAGCCCUGGCAAGCAGCCAGAGUACAUCACCACACGUGGGAGCUCCAGCCCUCCUAUCUCCAUAGAGGAUGGUUACUAUGAGGAUGCAGACAACAACUCUCCUUCUACCUGCAUCAACGGACGACAACGCAAAAACUCCUACAAUGACUCUGAUGCUCUGAGUAGUUCCUAUGAGUCAUAUGAGGAGGAUGAAGAUGAAAGGGGAGCAGGACCAGGGUCCAGGCUGACCCACCACUGGCCUAGUGAUGAGAGCUCCAUGCUCCCUGUCAGAGACUGUAGGAUAUGUGCCUUCCUGCUGCGAAAGAAACGCUUUGGACAGUGGGCCAAGCAACUGACUGUCAUACGGGACAACAGGCUACAGUGCUAUAAGAGCUCUAAGGACGUGUCCCCGUAUGUUGACCUGCCCCUGACCCUUUGCACUGUUGUCUACGCCCCUAAAGAGGGACGCAGGAAGAGACAUGAGCUGAGGUUCUCUCCACCCAGUGGAGAGGCUCUGGUCCUGGCUGUGCAGAGCCGGGAGCAGGCACACAGGUGGCUCAGGGUGGUCCGUAAAGUGAGUCAGGGAAAAGGACCAGAAGAGUCCACUUCUCCCAUGAUGCCCAGAAAGACUGAGCUGGACAAGAGGCUGUCUGUUGAGAAAACUAUGUCAGACAGUGUUGAAGUGGCUACAGGAGAGAAUAACAGGGACAACCGAGAGAAUGGUAAGGUGAAGCGGGGGGCUCUAGCAGCAGGUCGUAAGAUAACACGUAUCAUCAGUUUCUCCAAGAAAAAGCACCUCCUACCUGGCGACGCACACCCCCCCUCCUUAGACACAGACCCUCGACGAGGAUACCUGUCUGUGUUGGUGAGCCAGGUAUGGAGGGACCAGUGGUGUUGUGUGUAUGGGGGUUCUCUCCACUUCCACCCUGACAGAGGAGACCCCCGGCCCUCCCUGGCCCCUCUACCCCUCCAUGGGUGUGAGGUGUUUCCAGGACUGGGACCCAAACACCCCUUCGCCCUCAGGAUACUGAAGGGGGGCACAGACGUGGCUGCAUUGGAGGCUUGUAGUUCUGAUGAUUUGGGGCGAUGGCUGGGUGUUCUGCUGGUAGAGACAGGUACAGCCUCAGAUCCAGAGUCACUACACUACGACUAUGUAGACGUGGAAACCAUCGCUAACAUCAGAGAUGCCGCGAGACACUCUUUCCUGUGGGCCACAUCUUCUAGUAGCACUUCUACUGACUCCAGGACGUACGACGAGGUUCCCUAUGAGGGAGAGCAGCCUGGCGAGGAUGGGGGAUCGAAGCAGAGGUCCAGUUUCACCAGUAGUGACUCCGAUAGGACCAAACCUGGUCUGGCCCUGAAACGCACGGGCUCCAACACCAAUCAGUAUGGCCUCUAUGGAAAAACACGAGCAGAGGAGGACGCUAAACUAUUCCUGAGAGAGAAAGAACACCUGGAGAGAGAGAGGGAUGGGAUACGGACCACUCUGCUGACACUGAGACAAGAGAGGAGAGAGGUGAAGGAGAGAUUUAAGACUGCUACAGAGGAGCAGAAGGGCUCCUUGAGUGAGCGUGUGUCCCAGCUAGAGGAGACGUGCCGGGGGAAGGAGAGUGAGAGGGUGGACCUGGAGCUCCGGCUCACCCAGGUUAAAGACAACCUGAAGAAGAGCCUAGCAGGAGGGGCUCUGGGGGCACCUGGGGAGAGCAAACCCUCCAGCAAGGUGUAUAGCAGGCCCUACUAUUCUGAGUCUAUACCUGUCAGCUGUGUCUCUGCGGUCCGUGUGAAACAUCCUGUCUACUCAACAUCUAAAAGAACAGUCAUGCAGAAAGCCAAGGAAUGGGAGUCAAAGAAAUGCACCUAAGGCAUAACGAUGUUAAGGAAAGAUUGGAUAUGAUUGGAGGAAUAUCAGAGAGAGGAUGUGUCUUUCAGAUUGUUGUAGAGAUUUGGACGAAAUGGAAUAUUUGAGCCAGUGUACAGAAAGGAUAUUAAAUUAUACCUUAAUAAAUGACAAAGGGACAACGAGAGAUUUAAGGUGAGAAUGUUGCAUAGAACUGGAAUGGAAGACAAUGGAGAUGGAAGAAAAACACAGUGAUUUACUGUAUGUGAUGUGCUUUAAAGGGAUGCUUCCAGAUUUUGUAAAUUAAGACUUUUCCUAGCUCCAUGUCACUGGAACUUCUUCUGUAGACUUCCAGUCAGUGCAUUUAAGCCGCAAAAAUGGCUCCAGAACCGCCCUUCAAACUUUCUUCAAACUACACACAGAGACAUACAAUUGGUAUCCAUGAGUUCAUCUGACUCUGGGUAAGUAGAAAAAAGGGCUUAAUUGCCAAAAUCUAAAACUAUCCCUUUAACAUUGUUUUCUCCCU